CCCGGCCGCAAGGGGGCGCUCUGCACCCGGACGGAGCCGCUCUAGGCCCCUCCCGCCCUGCCGCAGUCGAGGGGCAUUGUGGGGGCGGCAAGAUGGCGGCGCUCGGCGUGGGGCGGACUGCGGCCUGGGGCCUCCUGCGCGCUCCCCGGAGCCUCUGCCGGUCCCUGGGCACCUCCACCGCGCUGCAGCAGAUCCCGCGGGCCAAGUCAGAAAAUGCAAAGUCAGAGAGCACGUUCCAGGUCACCAUGCUGCCCGGGGACGGCGUGGGCCCGGAGCUCAUGCACGCUGUCAAGGAGGUGUUCAAGGCUGCCAGCGUGCCCGUGAUCUUCGACGAGCACCACCUGAGUGAGGUGCAGAACAUGGCCUCGGAGGAGAAGCUGGACCAGGUGGUGGACUCCAUGAAGGAGAGCAAAGUGGCCCUUAUAGGCAAGAUCCACACCCCCAUGGAGUACAAGGGAGAGCUGGCUUCUUACGACAUGAGACUGAGGCGCAAGUUAGACUUGUUUGCAAACGUCGUCCACGUGAAGAGCUUGCCGGGCUAUAAGACACGCCACAACAAUUUGGACCUCGUCAUCAUUCGCGAGCAGACGGAGGGGGAGUACAGCUCCCUGGAGCACGAGAGUGCGAAGGGAGUCAUCGAGUGCCUGAAGAUUAUCACCCGGGCCAAGUCACAGCGCAUUGCCAAGUUCGCCUUCGACUACGCCACCAAGAAAGGGCGCUCCAAGGUCACGGCCGUGCACAAAGCCAACAUCAUGAAAUUAGGGGAUGGGCUCUUCCUGCAGUGCUGUGAGGAGGUGGCAGAGCUUUACCCCAAGAUCAAGUUUGACACCAUGAUAAUUGACAACUGCUGCAUGCAGCUGGUGCAGAACCCCUACCAGUUCGACGUCCUGGUGAUGCCGAACCUCUACGGCAACAUCAUAGACAACCUGGCGGCCGGCUUGGUGGGCGGCGCCGGCGUGGUGCCCGGGGAGAGCUACAGCGCCGAGUACGCCGUCUUCGAGAUGGGCGCCCGCCACCCCUUCGCCCAGGCCGUGGGCAGGAACAUCGCCAACCCCACGGCCAUGCUGCUCUCGGCCGCCAACAUGCUGCGGCACCUCAACUUGGAAUUUCACUCCAACUUGAUCUCGGAUGCGGUGAAGAAGGUGAUCAAAGUCGGAAAAGUUCGGACACGGGACUUGGGCGGUUACUCCACCACUUCUGACUUCGUGAAGUCUGUGAUUGACAACCUGCACCCCCACUAUGGUGCCUAGGAGCCCCGCUCGCCCGCGGCGAGCCCUGGGACCUCACUGCGCCCUGCAGCAGCCUCCCCAGCCGUAGCUUAAGGCCCCGCAGCCAUCCUGCCCCUGCCCUGCCGGCUCCCUGGGCCUCGGGGGAGGAGUGGGCUCUCCUCUUCCCCAGCCCGGUGCCCACCCAGAGCCACAGCGGCCGCAUCUCCCUUCUCCCCGUAGCCCGGAGCGGUGCUGCGGGAGGUGGGAGCCAGCCAGCAGCCCCGGGCACACCUCGGACAGGCAGCUCCACGGGACGGUGGGACCAAGGGUCCUGCUGACACCUUUCCGUGCCCACAGAGGCUUUAGCAAUAAGUAGGCCCCCAGGGCUGAGGGCCCCCCCCCACACUGGGGAUACGCAAGGGCAGCUGCUGGCUCGGCCGGAGCGUUGUGUGGCACAGUCCCACGUGCAGUGAAGGGAGGUGGGAGGCCUGCUCAGCGCCUGCCCCACGAGCCCGGUCAGCUCAGGAGCUGCCCCCUGCCCCAUGUGGUCGGUUGCUGAAGGCUGGGGCCGUGAGCUGGGCCCCCCUCCCAAGGCAGCAGGCUGCUUGCAGCUCCCUGCUCCUCUGCACCCUGUGCUUGCCCAGCCCUGGAGACCUGGGGGCCCAGUGGCCACCUGAGCUGGGCCCUGGUGACCUUACAGGGGGACCGGGCUGCACAAGCUCCUGGUGGGACCACGGGGUGCUCUGCCCCACAGCUGUGUGCGUGAGCGAGCGACUGGGACACGUAUUUAACGAACUCUGUGCUUUGUACUUGCGUUUGCAAAUAAAGGGUCCAACACUCCCCCCCCCACCCCAA